UUCUUCUUUUUCACGUCCAUCUACCGCGGACGGAGCAAGCAAGCAGCUCCCGGGUCGAUCGGUUCUUCGUUGUCACGUCCGAUCCGUCUACCGCGGACGGAGCAAGAUGCAUGCGCAGAUCAUGUCGCUGUUGUGUGCCGCCGUCGUGCUCGUCCUCUCGCCGUGGGAGCCCAUGCUCGCAUCCGCCGCCUCCUCCGUCGGUUCCCGGCGCUACGACGCCAUCUUCAGCCUCGGCGACUCCUUCACCGACACCGGCAACAACCCCGCCGUCUUCGCCUAUUACUCCAUCGCCGACCCCGUCACGCGGCCGCCGUACGGCAACACCUUCUUCGGCCGCCCCACCGGCCGCAACUGCGACGGCCGCCUCAUCAUCGACUUCAUCGCCGAAGGCCUGGGGCUGCCGUACGUCCCGCCUUACUUGGGCCCGCCGUUCGGCUCCCCGUCGCCGUCGGCAGCGAGCUUCCGGCAAGGCGCGAGCUUGGCCGUCGGCGGCGCCACCGCGCUGGACGUGGAGUUCUACCGCUCGAGGGGAAUCCUCUCGGCCUCCAGCAAGUUCCCUCUCAACGCCAGCCUGAGCGUGCAGCUGGAGUGGUUCGGGUCGCACUUGAAGCCUUCCCUGUGCCGCACAACCCAAGAAUGCGACAAGUUGUUCGGCAGAUCCCUCUUCUUCGUGGGAGAGUUCGGCGUCAACGACUACCAGUUCUUGUUCGGGAAGAUGAGACUUGCUGACAUCAGUUCCAACGUCGUGCCGACUGUCAUAGACACCAUCCGUCAGGCCAUCGAGAGGUUGAUCAAGCUCGGCGCCAAGACACUGGUGGUUCCUGGGGUGAUUCCAUCAGGAUGCACACCGCUGAUUCUCGACAUCUUCCCUGAGCCAAACCCUUCUGGAUACAGCACCAAGACGGGCUGUAUGCUACAGUACAAUGAGCUAGGGCGACACCACAACACACUCCUGCAGGAAUCACUGCAGCAGAUCCGUGCCAAGAACCCGGGCGUCAAGAUCAUCUACGCCGAUUUCUUCAGCCCUAUCAUGGAGAUGGUCCAGUCGCCUCGCAAGUUUGGGUUCAGGGAUGACAUUCUUUCGGUUUGCUGCGGAGGAGGGUCGGGGAAGUACAACUACAACAUGAGUGUUCCUUGCGGCAGUCCAAACGCAACCACAUGCAGCCAUCCAUCCGCCUCCCUGAACUGGGACGGCAUCCAUUUCACGGAGGCAGCUAACCGCCACAUCGCCAGUAGAUGGCUGAGCAGCAUCACCUAAAGCGUUCAUAAGCCGUCCGAUCGAGCUCGGCUGAGGGGCUGAGCCGUCCUCUAUAUAUCAUCUUUUUUUUUUCUUUCGUAUCAUUAAUUAGAAGAUUGUUCAUGUCUUCAUUAGGUUCGGAUCGUUUUAUACACAUAGUGUGGUAAGACUGGCAAUUAACUGAUGACUUUUACUAUUGGUCUCACCGUUCCGUGAUAUGUUUUCGAAUUGUUUGAGUUUCCGUGGCAUAUAUAUUUUGUUUAGUUGUAAUAGCGAAAAUUCAAUUGC